CGAGAAAUUCAUCGCUCAUUUUGUUGAGCAAAUCAGUUCUCACAUGUUUCAUUGUUAAAGGUUCUCUUCGGAGUAGCUGUCGAAAUGAGCAGCAUCAACACUAGAUAACUCAAUCGACUAAUCAAUUUGCAUUGUGUGUCCAUCCCUGCACACCAGAUGCUUUAGUAAAUUUGUAAGGGAACAAACUUCAUAUUUCUUUUAGUCUUUUACGUUUUAAACUUUUUAGUAUUUUAGGUUUCAUUGUUUUUUUAAGACGCAUAAUCUUUGGGACUAAAAUUUCUAGGCUAAAUUUAGAAUAGUGACUUGAAUAUGUUCAACUUGAUAAUUUUUCCGUUAAAACCCCAUCUACGCCAUCGUGAUUCUGAUCCCCCCCUCCUUUCGUUUUUGACUGCUCUCCGAUACACUCAGCUUUGAUUGCUGCGCCGUGGCCAUGACGCGAUCGGCUCCGCCGCCGCUCCUUCCUCAACGCCCGCCUCGCUUUGCUUCAUUCUCCACCUGCCCCGAAAAUUUUCAAUGGAGUUCCACGGCUGUUUUUAUUGCCCCGAAAAUUUCAUUCUCCACCUGCGCAUGUGCUUCGAAUUGCCAUUACUCCCUGAGUGUCGUUCAAGCUCCGACCCGUCACGCUCGGACCCGAGACCCGGAACCCGCACCCGUACGCCAGAUUCUUCAGCUUCGUCUCCCCCAAGGCGCUGCUGGUGUUCAGCGUCGUGGUCUCUCUAGAGAAGAACCAGUUGGUCAGCGACCCGUCGGAGUAUUGGUACUCGUAGCGGCAGGGGUUGUGGAGCCGGGUCAGGUUGCAUCGGGUCGGAUCCGGGUGUGGGACGAACCGGCAGAGGCGAUUGAAGCAGUGGGCAGGGGAGAAAGUGGAGGAAUGGCGGGCGAGGAACGCGGAUCCGGGGAAGUGGUGGGAGUAGUUGCGGCAUGCAGUGCAUUUUACCCAGAUUAGGUCGUUGCCCGUGUCGGUGACGAGGAGGAGGGUUUGGGGUGGGGAGCCGAGGCGGAGGGAGACGAAGUACUGGCCGGAGCCGGAGGAAGCGCCAGAGACGAGCGGCGAUCUGAGGGAGGGGCGACGAUGGCGGUGACUGUGGUGGAGGAGGGAGAGGCGGCGUGCGUCGAAGGAGAGGGCUUGGAGUGGGGUGGAGAAUGGGGGUUUGUGGAGCAAUUGGAGUUUGAGGAAGUAGUCCUAAUUCGGCCGGGCGGCGGCGACGGUGGAUGGGUAGAUUGAGUGGAGGAAGAGGAGGAGGGAAGAGAAGGGGGACAACGACACCAUUGCUAGCUGGGUUUUGGAAAGAAGGGGAUGGUCCAGUGGCAGAGGAGGAGGUAAGUUUUAUUUUUAUUUUUUAAUAGUUGUAAAAUGAGGUGAAAAUUGUAAAUAUUUUAAUUUUAUUAUUUUUUUAAUUGCCACGUCACUCAUUUAACGAUCAACUAUAAUAGUUGACUGUCAUAUCAGCAAAACGCUACCCUUCGUCGAAGAGAGACGUGUAGCAAAACGGUGCGUCCAAGUCGCCGUCCACCAGACAAUACUCUACAGGUUAAUUAAAACUUAAAAGUUAAUACCACCCAGACGGCCCAAUUAUGGAAAUACAGAGACCAACGAUAGACGGCCCAGAGUAAGACGGUUCAUUUCCCCGUAGCUUAACGGUGGGACAAGAAAAAUGGCGGAAAGUGCUGCUUCGGCGACUCCACCGGCAGGAAGAGGCGGAUUGGAGAAUGACAAGUCCAACAGCAUCAGCGUAUCGGCGAUGCAGUUCUCGUACGACUCCAACCAGGCGCCUCUUUUCUUCGACUUCAAUCUCGACAUUGCUCCCGGAUCUCGCUGCUUGCUCACCGGCGCAAAUGGAUCAGGGAAGUCGACUUUGCUUCGGAUCCUGGCUGGGAAGCAUAUGGUGGGAGGAAAAGACGUGGUCAGAGUGCUGAACAGCUCGGCUUUUCAUGACACUCAGCUCGUUUGUAGCGGCGACUUGGCCUAUCUGGGAGGUUCCUGGAGUAAAACUGUGGGAUCGGCGGGAGAAGUUCCACUGCAGGGAGAUUUCUCUGCGGAGCAUAUGAUAUUUGGAGUUGAGGGUGUUGAUCCAAGUAGGAGAGAAAAGCUAAUUGAUCUACUCGAUAUCGAUCUCCGAUGGCGUAUGCAUAAGGUAUCUGAUGGACAGCGUCGACGGGUUCAGAUUUGUAUGGGGCUUCUUUAUCCGUAUAAGGUUCUGCUAUUAGAUGAGGUGACAGUUGAUCUAGAUGUGGUUGCUAGGAUGGAUUUGCUGGAGUUUUUUAGGGAGGAAACUGAGCAGAGAGGAGCUACAUUAAUAUAUGCAACUCACAUCUUCGACGGUUUAGAGGCAUGGGCGACGGACCUUGCUUACAUACAGGAUGGUGAGCUUAAGAGGUACGCUAAGUUGGUGGAGAUGGAUGAGCUGAGAACAUCUGCGAACUUGCUUACAGUAGUUGAGAACUGGCUACGUUCAGAGACCAAGCAGGAGAAGAAGAAGAAGAAGAAGGAACCCAUAAAACCCCCUACUGCCCAAACCCAGAAGGCUUCCUCCGGUUCCCCUUUCAUGUCAUCUAGUAGACACAUGGCUUACUAUCGUUGAUUUGAUGCCAGAAUUGGAAAGUUUAUCAAACGAAAGUUAUAGAAAGCUAAUUUGAGAGUGAAACCUGGGGAUGUGUUGGUCCUCCUAAAAAAGGGAUCGUAUAUCUAUUCUUUUGGUCAAGUAUUUGAUCCUUACUGCAUAAGCCUUAAAUAUGUAAUGCAAUGUGAGGUUUUUUUUCCCCUUCUUUUUUUGGUUAUUCCUUUAUUUUGUAACUAUUGCAAGAAGACUCUUGGGAGAGGGGAGAUAGGAAGUUGAACCAACGAUCUACAGUUGUACAAGCUUCUGAUUAGUUGUGAAAUUUCUUUUAGCCAAACCUAUUGAAAUGAUAUUAAUUAGUUAAAAUUUAAAUGUUAACUCUCCUUUAAUUUUUUCGUUUGAUAAUGGUGAGAUGUUAGACGUGUUGUUGAGUUUAAAAGAAUAUUCUAACGUGACAGUAAAAAAAUGUCACAUCA